AGCUACACAAUGAAAGCCCAUUGGCCCAAUGGAGCUAGCUAUGCUCAGCUGUCCAUUUCAGCCCCCAACUUGAAAUAUGUGUGGUCUUAGGUCUAUAACCUGCACUGCAGCCUUGCCAGCUGGCAACCUCCUCAAAGUCUUUUCAUUUCUCUUCUCUUUUCUCCUACUGCAUUUUCCAGAAAAACUUACACAAAGCGGAGACGCUCAUCAACGACGCACUGCUUUCAAGCGAGACCGAAUCGAUCGCUUCAAACCCCUCUAGAAACCGCCAUGUCUUCAGUAUCAGGCGAUACGGAUGAGACCAAACCACCCCAGCAAAUCCUAGAUGAAUUUUGGGAGAAUCUUAUUACCAAAAAGCCAGGAAAGGUGACAAACAUAUUUCCACAGAGCCUUUACGCAAAUCUUCUCCCUCCCAAUCCAAACUCUGGGCCAGCCAAGGGUAAGAACGCAGCUGAGUCGUACCAAGCGGCAGCCGACCUCUGUCGUGCCCGCGUCAAGCGCAUCGUGCGUGAAUGCCACCGCACGAAUGAAAAAUUCACCGACCCCGACUUCGACAUCGAGGGCGGGGGCAGAUACAACUGCUUAGAAGGCUUACUCAAAUGGUACAAUCAGAAUUCUGAUUCGGGGGCCUCCACCAGCAUCAAUGGUCUUGCCGAGGCUUUCAAAACGCUGGCCGAUAGCAACAUGUUCGUUCCUUCGAUGACCAUCGAUCUCAAUGCUGCAUCCAAAGCGCUCAAUUCUUCCGGGGGCGAAAGCGCCAGUGAAUAUUGCCCACAGACCGUGCAUCGGAUUGACUGGAUCUUCGAUGACCCACAUUUCACGGUAGAUGGAUUCUCGAGUUCCGAUGUCCAACAAGGCCAAAACGGCGAUUGUUGGUUCAUUGCUGCUGUCGCGACCAUCUGCAGUAGCCCUUCGCUCAUGCACAAAAUAUGCGUGGAACGUGACGAAGAAUGCGGGGUUUACGGUUUCGUCUUCUACAGAGACGGUGAAUGGAUCUGGACCAUCGUCGAUGAUAACCUCUUCCUGAAAACUGCUGACUACGAUGACUAUGGGGAUAACUAUGACCCAUCGGCCAUUAAAGAACGCAAGUGGAAGAAAAAUCAUCAGACCGGAUCUGAUGCAUUGUACUUUGCAUCAUGUGCGGACCAAAAUGAGACAUGGCUUCCUCUAUUGGAAAAGGCUUACGCUAAAGUGCACGGCGAUUAUUCGUCUAUCGCUGGGGGAUGGUCGGGCGAAGGUGUCGAAGAUUUGACGGGAGGCACGACUACCAAAGUUCUUUCCAACAGGGUUCUUAGCAAGAAACGCUUAUGGAAUGAACUUCUUGAGGUUAACAAGACCUUUCUCUAUGCUGCCUCAUCAUCAAGCUGGUGGGGUGACGAUUCCGAAGCCAGAAGAGGCCUUCCGCUUAACCACGCGUACUCGGUUAUCAAAGCGGUCGAGGAAGAGGAUGAGGAUGGUAAGAAACAAAAACUCGUACAAAUUCGGAACCCGUGGGGAAAACGUAGCUGGAAUGGCGUAGGAGAAUGGAACGGCGCGUGGGCAGACGGCUCCAAAGAAUGGACACCAUAUUGGAUGAAUAAACUCAACUACCGCUUUGCGGAUGACGGCGUAUUCUGGAUGUCUUUCGAUGACUUGCUGAAACGUUUCUCUGUCCUUGACCGUACUCGACUAUUCGACCACAAGUGGACAGUCGUGCAGCAAUGGACAAGUGUCAAUGUUGCGUGGGUCACGGGCUAUCUCACGACCAAAUUCCAAGUUGAGAUCAAGAAGGCUGGACCAACCGUAUUCGUUCUUUCUCAGCUUGACGACCGUUACUUCCAAGGUCUCACAGGAAAGUACAACUUCGACUUACAUUUCUUGCUGCAAGAGGUAAAUGCCAAACCUGGUGACUAUAUAAUCCGUGCCCGCGGAGCUUGGUUUGGCAACCGUAGCAUCUCUGCCGAAGUUGACCUCGAGCCUGGAGUGUACGAGGUGGUGCCGAAGAUCGUAGCUUCUAAGGAUGAAUCUGCCCCCGAAGUUCAUUCUGUUGUCACGAAACUGGCAAACACAAACCCACAAAAGCUUCGCCAGAUUGGUCUGAACUACGAUAUUGCCAACGCAAAAGGCAUCAUCGAGCUCACCGAAGAGGAAAAGAAGAAGAAGGAAGCCAAGAAGAAGGCGGCAAGUGAGAAGAAGAAGAAAGAGAAGGAAGAUGCUGAGAAGGAAGCAGCAGAGUUCGCAUUGUGGAAGAAAGAGAAGAAGGAACGAGAAGACAAAGAAAAGGAAGACCAUGCUCAAUUGAAGAAAGAGGUCAAGGAAGAACUCAAGGCUGAGUUGAAGGAGGAGAAGACAGCGGAGAAGACAGAGGAGAAGACAGAGGAGAAGACAGAGGAGAAGACAGAGGAGAAGACAGAGGAGAAAACGGAAGAGCAGAAACCAGCGAAAGAACAGCCAGCUACAGCAGAAGAGCCAAAGAAGUCAGAAGAAACCCCUUCUACUUCAGUAGAGCAAUCAACCCAAACAUCAGACUCAACUUCGGCCUCCGCUACCGACACGAAAGUGGAAAAGACUCCAGAGAAAAAGACCACUACCGAUAGUGAAGAAACCAGUACUCAAACAACACCAACAUCUAGUGCCGAUCAAGGCCCUACUUCACCAGGAGCAGCACCCCCCACCGGCGGGGAACCCUCCGACCCAGCAAAAGACUCCGAUGAAUCCGAAAAAGAAAAGGAGAAGGACUCCGAGAAGUCGGAAGGCGAAAAAGAGAAGGAGAAAGACAAAGACGCGGAAAAGCAGAACCCAUGGAAUGCUGUCUGCGUGCUUGGUCUCCGUGUCUACGCUCAAGACGAGUCAGUGAGCAUCAAGCUGGUCAGGCCGAGAGACGCCGAAGAAGCUGCUGUCCUGGAUGCAGAUGGAGCGACGCAGGCUGGGGCGACGAUGUAAUCGAUGAUAUAAAAAGCCAAUCUCCUACUCUUGUCUAUUUUUUUUUUUUGCGUAAUGUUAAGUAAGGUAGAUGAAGUUGACUUUGAUGACGCCCGAUAAUGAAAUCCUUUUCACAUCA